AUGUUAGAGGAAGGAUUUACUACCAUUGUGUUACAGACAUUGUCUACCAUGAUAUUUUUCGUAGUUACAUUAAAUUUCUUCAGAUAUCUUAUAGGAGAACCUCAUAUUCACAUUAGAGAUGUUACCAAACAGCACAGUUGGAAGUCGGCUAAAAACGAGACUAAGACAUAUCAUUGUAGUAUAUGUGAAGCUUUGUUAUUAAAUACUGAAGGAUUGAUUUGUGAUUCAUGUGGUGUUUGUGUGGAUCGUUCUUGUGUCAAGAUUGCAGACAAACAAUUAAAGUGUAAAGUUAUUAGUUUAAGCACAAAUGAGUCAAUGAAGCAUCAUUGGGUAAAGGGUAAUUUACCACUGACCGCUGUGUGUGACAUAUGUAACGAGGAAUGUGGUAUGGAACCUGGUCUAACAGAUUGGUGGUGUUGCUGGUGUCAAAGAUGUGUUCAUGAAGAUUGUAAACGAAAUCUCUCUGAAAUAUGUGAUUUUGGUCAAUUUAAAUUGAUGAUAAUUCCACCAAGUAGUUUAGAAGUUGUAAAUCAACGUAGUACUGUAAGACGUAGAUUACAACUUCGUACAGUUAUACCACCAAAUUGGCCACUUUGGAAACCUCUUAUAGUAGUUGCAAACAAAAAAUCUGGUAAUAAAGAUGGAGCAGAAAUCUUAUCUAUGUUUAGAAGGCUAUUGAAUCCUGCUCAAGUUGUUGAUUUGUCUGAGCGUGAUCCAGUUGCUGCUCUUGAGUGGUGUCGUUUAAUAGGGAAAAUAAAAUGCACUGUCCUUGUAGCAGGUGGAGAUGGCACAAUAGCUUGGUUAUUAAAUACUAUUCAUAAACUUAAAUUGGAGCCAGUUCCAUCUGUGGCAAUUAUUCCUCUGGGAACAGGAAAUGAUUUAUCCAGAGUAUUAGGAUGGGGAAAGGAAUAUGAUUUACAUAGGGACCCUGCAGAUAUAUUGCAAGAAGUACAAAUAGCACAAGAAACAAAGCUUGAUAGGUGGAGUGUGGUAGUGAAACCAUAUGGUGGAUUGGGACUUCGUAGUUCACAUCAGAAACUUUAUAUGUAUAAUUAUAUAAGUGUAGGAGUGGAUGCACAAGUAACAUUACAAUUUCAUCGUACAAGAGAAAGUCGAUUUUACUUUUACAGUAAUAGAUUAUUCAAUAAGCUUCUGUACUUAUGUUUUGGUACUCAACAAGUAGUGGAAAGGGAAUGCAAAGACCUUGAUAAACAUCUAGAAGUGUAUUUGGAUGAUGUGAAAGUGGAUUUACCUUCUAUCGAGGGUAUCGUGAUAUUAAAUAUUUCUUCUUGGGGUGCCGGCGUUAAUCUUUGGAAUAUAGGUUUAGGAGAUCAUGAAGGGUAUGGAAAGCAAAGUAUUAAUGACGAAAAAUUAGAAGUUGUUGCUCUUUAUUCUUCAUUCCAUAUGGCCCAGCUUCAAGUAGGACUUUCUCAGGCUUAUCGACUCGGUCAAGCUACGUCUAUCAAGGUGAAGUUACUAAAACCUUAUGCCAUGCAAAUUGAUGGAGAACCAUGGUAUCAACAACCAUGUGAAUUUAAUAUUACAUAUUGUGACAAAGCAUCCAUGCUGACGAAUAUCGUUAAUUAG